GAAUGGAGUGAUAAACAAGUACAAGUACCAAUAAUGCAUUCUUGAUGAGGGUAAUAACAACGACAGCGAUUGUGAUAAUGACAUUUGUAUGUGAAUGGAAAUGAUGAUGGUGGGGGUGAGGGUGGUUAUGUAUGUCCAGGCGGCCAGAGAACGAAGAGAGAAGUCAAAAUGAGGAGGAAAUGGAAUGUCACAUGCUGUCGGCAAUGUGCUGGCGGUGCGUUGGAGUAACUGUUGAGGGUGCGAAACCGUAUAGAUGUUUCGCCCAGUGUCCCUCGGCAAAUAUUGAAAUAAGGUGACUGUAAUGAGUGAUGGGGUGGUGGUCGGAAGGUGGUUGACGGCGAAGAGGUACAAACCACCGGGCGUGGGCUGCAGGACACUCUCAUUGGCUAUUUCAAAGGAGACGUACGCUUCCCCCCCGCGGCUCCGCUCGCCAGUAGCCGGCCAAUCAAGCGCUAAAGAGACAUGACGAUUACAUUUCAAAGCCAACACCAAUUUUUUGGAGUCUACAGAAGCAACUGGUAGGAGCUGUCAAGCUGUCAAGUGAUCGUCGUGACAAUCGCAGAUUUACUACGAGGGAACAACAGUAAAAAGUGCAUAAAGAUGCAGCUGAGUCUGUUAGGAUGUGUCGUGGGACUUUCUACGAUGGCACUUCUCUUCCAAGGGAUAGCAGCAAGUUCCCUCGGUUUGAUGCGCGCUUUAUCGCAAGAAGAGGGUGAAGAUGAGCAGCAGCCGGAGUUGCCCUUCGAUGAUGUGGAACAGACAAACAUGAUCUCAGACUAUGUUGUUAAAUAUACACCGACAGCCAAAAAGAGCAAAGAUUGGGUGAAAAUAGACUUAUCGGGAUCACUUCGUUCUCACAUUCUUUCGAAGGGCCAAUAUUAUGAGCUGACGUGUAAAGGUGAAGGCAGACCUGUACCUCAAAUGUAUUGGAUACGCGGUGGAAAUAUCCUACGACAGCUCGAUGAACUCAAAAAAAUCAGCCUCACUUAUGAUUCAUCAUUGUUUGUGAAUGCCGCUGCCGCCAAACAAGAAUCGAAAUAUGUCAUUGAUUGUGCAUCGAAACAGGAUGAAGGGCCCAUCCAUUGUGUAGCUGUUGCCGGUGACAAAAUCAAAUGGGAAUCAACGAACAUUGUGAUAUCUGAUAACGUAAACUCAAACCGAAGCCGAUCAUGUGGUUCUUCACGUCCUCCUGUCAUCACUCAUCACGCGGCGACUGUCAUCGGAUUUCAGGAUUCAUCCAUAAUCCUGCCGUGCGUAGCAACAGGAAAACCGCCGCCUUAUGUCACUUGGGAAACAUCAGAGGGUAGUUUAAUUACGAAUCACCUCUACAAUCCACGUUACAAAGUACUCAGCACUGGUAAUCUGCUGAUUAGUGCACUCGAGUGGGAUGACAUGAAUGAAUAUACUUGUAUAGCAAAAUCGAAUUUGGGAGAGGAUCGAAUUACUACGUUCGUCUACCCCGCCCAACGAGACAAGCGUUAAAAUGGACCUACAACGGGCAAAAAAAACAAGAUAAACCAAUGGCCACCGAGAGUACUUGCAAUCCCCUUCUGUCUACGUAUUAGAUAGCUGACUGUUGUGCUGAGAAGGAAAAUUGAAAAACCUUCCCAGCACCCAUUCUCGUAUUUUUUAUGAAAGAAGACGAACAAGAAAACAAAAGGACGACAUACUUAUCUAGUCAUUAAGUGUUAGUAAAUCUCUCUUAUUUGUUAAGAUCGAAUCGGACUCCACCUGAAGUCGCUAAUUAAAUUAUUGUUCACUCUCUAAAUCUUCAACGAUUUUUGUGGCGCAUAAAAUUUCAUUCCGCUUCAACAAAAGCUAAAUUUAUUAAUUUGUUAAUAUUAUUAUUAUUGAUUAAUUAUUGAUGCGAUCAGGGUGUAUUUAGGUACUUACAAGUAAAUAAAUGUAUUUUGUCAUACCAUAUAUUGUACACUUCAUUAUUUGAUUGCUUCAUCGUUCAUAAAUCUUUCUUUAUUGUUACAUACAACAAUUAGCAUGUUUAUUUCAUUGCAAUAAGCAUUCACCAAUUAAAAAUUUAAUCGUCAUCGUAUUUUAAAUCAUGAUUGAACAAUUGUUCAAUAAAUAAAUCAUGAUGCGAAAUUUCUCCAUAGACCUUAGAAAUUCUGUCCAGUAGUAUCGCUUUACUCUGUCUCAGAAAUUAUUUUUUACAAGUAUCUUUAUAAUAUAAAUUCCAUUAUUAUCAAUUAUUAAACAAACUACACUCGAACACUCGAGGUUGUAUUUUCAGAUGAAGAGUACACACUUUGUUUCAUAUUUAAGUCAUAUUCUUAAAGUUUCAAGACUAAUUACAAUAUUCACACGAUAAUAUAUAUAAUACAUGUAGUAGUUGUUUUAUAAAUUAUCAAUUAUCACUAUCUUGUCACUCACUUCAUUUCAGUUUUUAUCCUGUUAAUCUGCAAACAAUAGUUUUCAGUCCAUACAUUGUGCAACGUAUAAAAAUUGAAAAUGGAAACCUCAGUGGACUUAGAUCAUAAUUUCAUUACCGCGAGUGAUGAAACGUAUAAAAAAAAAAAUCUUGCACACGAACGUCAAAUUGAUUAAAGAACAAAUUUCGGCUCUAUUGCAAUAAAAAAUUGAGUCAAGUGUAAAAUAAACUCAAAGAUAAAUAUUAUAUGUUUCCCAUUUAGAUAAUAUAUGUAUACUUAAAUGAGUAAGCAUUUACAUAAAGAUAGAUAUAAUUUUCUGUGAAACGAAAAUAAUAAAUCAUUCCAGCUAUUUACAAAAAAAA